UGGGCUGGGAUGGGCCCCGCUCUGUCUUCAGGGAUCAAUGCGCAUCUGUGAGUCGUUCCGCGGGUCCACACUAGGAGGCACCGCCGCCGCCUGCGUCCCCCAUUCACUCUCAGCACCGCACAGCAACCGGAAGAAGCUGUUUGAAUGUGUCAUACCAUGUAGCACCAGUCUGAAGUUAAAGUGUCCGACGCCAGGCGUUUGAAAACCCGCUGUCUGCAAACCGAAGAAUACUACAGAUAUGUAGUCUUUAAACCGCCGCUCUCUUCAUCAGCAGACCAGAAGCGAUAAUCGACUCAUACUGAAACCAUCGUUGAUUUCCCUAGAGAGUGAUGUCUGGAGCGUCAAGCAAUGAUUGUCCACACUUGGAGUGUGUGGGGGAGAUCACCAAGGAAGAACUCAUCCAGAAGUCUCAUGGUCAGUGUCAAGACUGUAAAGUCGGGGGACCAAACCUUUGGGCUUGUCUCGAGAAUGGCUGUUCAUAUGUUGGCUGUGGGGAAUCACAUGCGGACCACAGCACUUUCCACUCUCAGGAGACACGGCACAACCUGACGGUGAAUCUGACCACUUUGAGAGUGUGGUGCUACGCCUGUACCAAGGAGGUUUUCCUGGAAAGAAAACUGGGUCCACACGCACAGUUGCCCAUCUCCGCCAGGCCCAUCUCCCCAGUACAGACUCCCAGCCCGGACCCCAAAGCUCCUGGGAGCCCCACCUCGCUGAGAGUUCCUCCAGCAGGAACCUGUGAUGACCUGGAUGUAGAGACUGAGGAGGAGGAUGAACUGAGGACCAGAGGUCUGACUGGACUGAAGAACAUUGGCAAUACCUGCUACAUGAACGCAGCUCUCCAGGCGCUUUCCAACUGUCCUCCACUGACACAGUUUUUCCUGGACUGUGGUGGUCUGGUGAAGACCGACAAGAAGCCAGCGCUAUGCAAGAGCUAUCAGAAACUCAUCACAGACCUUUGGCACAAAAACAGGAACUCCUAUGUUGUUCCUACAAAUCUAUUCCAGGGCAUUAAGGCUGUAAACCCAAUGUUUCGUGGUUAUUCCCAACAGGUAGGUUUUCUUAAAUUAAUUUACGUGGACACGACCAAUGUGUCGAGGCCAAUAAUCAGCAGCCAAGGAGCCAUUAAAUCCCAGGGCCGAAAUUCUGACUCAAACUCUGAAAUCCAGGUCAGCAGUAGCAUCAGACCGCACAGUCCCAAUGGAAAUGAGGGUGUCACAUCUAGACUGUCCAGCAGUCCCCCGAAAUCCUCAAUGUGGCCAAACCUGAGCUCUACUCACAAGAAAGUACCCUCGUUCAUCCCACCAAAGAGCAAGCGGCAGAGGAAAUAUCGCAGCAUCAUCUCUGAAGUGUUCGACGGCACAAUUGUCAGCUCAGUUCAGUGCCUGACCUGUGACAGGGUUUCGGUGACUUUGGAGAACUUCCAGGACAUCUCUCUGCCCAUCCCAGGGAAAGAGGACCUUGCCAAGCUGCACUCUUCCUCCCACCAGACGGCUCUAGUCAAGGCUGGUUCGUGUGGAGAAGCCUACGCCCCUCAAGGCUGGGUUGCUUUCGUCAUGGAAUAUAUCAAGAGUUGGUUCUGGGGGCCUGUGGUCACGCUGCAGGACUGUCUGGCUGCCUUUUUUGCAAGGGAUGAACUAAAAGGAGACAACAUGUACAGCUGUGAAAAAUGCAAGAAGUUACGGAAUGGGGUCAAAUUCUGCAAAGUUCAGAGUUUGCCAGAGAUUCUGUGCAUUCAUCUCAAGCGCUUCAGACAUGAACUUAUGUUCUCCACCAAAAUCGGCACUCACGUGUCCUUCCCUUUGGAAGGCCUCGAAAUGCAGCCCUUCCUGGCCAAGGACUGCUCCGCCCAGACCACCACCUAUGACCUGCUGUCAGUCAUCUGUCACCACGGCACUGCCAGCAGUGGCCACUAUAUUGCCUAUUGUCGGAACGAGCUGAACCAGCUGUGGUACGAGUUUGAUGACCAGAGCGUUACUGAGGUGUCUGAGUCCUGUGUUCAAAACGCUGAGGCAUAUGUGCUCUUUUACAAGAAGAAUAACGAUGAGACUAAGAAGGAGAGGCGGAAGGUGACCAGUCUGCUCAACAUGAUGGAGCCAAGCCUCCUGCAGUUCUACAUCUCCCGCCAGUGGCUGAACAAGUUCAAAACCUUCGCUGAGCCAGGACCCAUCUCCAACCAUGACUUCCUGUGUGCCCACGGAGGAAUUCCACCAAAUAAAGCCUCGUCUGUUGACGAUCUUGUUAUGAUGCUUCCCCAAAAUGUAUGGGACCAUCUGUAUAGCAGGUAUGGAGGCGGCCCCGCUGUCAAUCACUUGUAUGUCUGCCACACCUGCCAGAAUGAGAUCGAGAAGCUGGAGAAACGUCGCAAGAAUGAGCUGGACAUGUUUGUUCGGCUCAAUAAGGCGUUUCAGGAGGAGGAGUCUCCUGUGGUGAUAUACUGUAUCAGCAUGCAGUGGUUCCGGGAAUGGGAAGGAUUUGUCAAAGGCAAGGACAUUGACCCACCAGGACCAAUUGAUAACUCCAAGAUUGCUGUAAAUAAAAAUGGACACAUCACAUUAAAACCAGGUGCCGAUUCAGGUCAGAUAUCUGAAGAGACCGCAUAA